GUAGAUAUGUGUGGGCUGUUUUACUCUGCAGAAACAUUAAAAAAAAAGACACAAGCAAAUCCAACGCCGCAUCCGGCCGCAGAACCGGCGAGCGAGUGAAAUGACGACGCCGUCGACGCAUCGGAGGAGAUUAUCGCCGCCGGCCAGCAACCUGGACUCCUCCUCCUCCUCCUCGUCUCAAAAUCCAGCAGCGACAGCCUCAUCGCCGUACUUCCUGCCCGAGCUGAUCUCCCAGAUCGCGAGUCGCCUGACCACCCUCCACGAUUUCUUCGCCCUCCGCGCCACCUACCGGGAUCUCCUCCCUCCGUCGCCGUCCAGCCUCGCCUCCCAAGCCCCGCACCUCCUCCUCGUCCCCGGAUCCAGAGCCCUGUUCCACCUCCCCCUCCGCCGCCACCUGCGCUUUCGCCUCCCCCUCCCCCUCCCCGAUACAGACCCUACCGCCCCUGCCGCCGCCUUCUACUCUUUAGGCUGCCGCGUCGCCAUAGUCAGCCCCAGCCAUCACGACCUCAGCUUCGUCCACCUCCUCACGGGCGAGCAGUUCCGCCUCCCCCAUCCACCAGCGGACUUCUGUCGCCUCCUCCUCUCCGGCGACCUCGUCCUCGCCUUCCUUCCAACUGUCGGCCAUGUCCUCCAGUACUGCCGCCUUGGGGAUGCCGAGUGGCGCAUGGCGUCAUGCAGUGAAUCAUACGUGCUUGAGGAUUUGAUCUUUGUCAAGGGCACCCUGCACGCGCUGGUCAGAUCUCAAGAUGCCGGCGGCUUAUGUUACCGUCUAGCGGUCGUCAAGCUGUCAGACACCAAUUCAGUGGAGUUCACGUUUCUUGGAGGUCGGUUGGAUACACAGGCCGCACAUGAGUCUUCAUAUUUCUGCCUCGCGGAGUGUCUUGACGAGUUGUUGCUCGUCGGCGCCACGGGCGACACUCCAGAGAAGUUUCAUGUUUUCCGGUGGCAGUCCGGAGACGGAGAGGGAAGGUGGACAAGGACUGCUAGCCUUGGUGGCUGCACGAUGUUCUUGUCAUAUUUCCACUUUGCAAAUCGAAUGAGAUACUUUGGAGGUUUCUUCUUUGCAAGUUGCCUUGGUCCAGAUCAUCCGGGAUUUCGAAGGGACUACUUAUACUUAAGGGUGUGUUUGGUUUGA